AUGAGGGAAGACCCGAGAAGCCGGAGAUCCGCUAGACUAGGAACAUUGUUUCCCCAUGUCACGGCAUCACUACACACCCAUCGUCUAUGCCUUGCCCAACGAGCACCGGACCUCCCCAGCUACGCCCUUACAUCAAACCGAGCGCGGUCCAUCACAUAUCAGUGUGGUGCGCCAAGCGGCAUAAAACGAACGACGAACGACGCGGCACAUCAAACAAACGACACGGCGCAUAAUACAAACGACGUGGCGCCGUUUCUCGCUUUUUAUGGAUGCCGUCGACAUCGCCUGUGGAGCAGUGAUUUUGUGUGGGUAUUUUAA